AAGAUACGGUUGUCGAAAUCAUCUAGAACCAUUCAUUUGUGCCCAACUGCUAGUAUAUAAACACAUUGACACACACGUAAACACAUAGCAACUUGAGUUUUGUAUCAAGCUAUCACACAGGGAAAGAGAAUCAAGUGUAAGACUGCCACUAGCUUGAGCAAAAGAAUGUCUGAGGUUCCCAUUAAGCCAUCGGUUACAGUAAAAUAUACCCAGCUUUUUAUUGAUGGGAAAUUUGUCGACGCAGCAUCAGGGAAAACUUUUCAGACAUUGGAUCCCAGGACAGGGGAAGUGAUUGCCAAUGUUGCUGAAGGUGAUGCUGAAGAUAUAAAUCGAGCAGUUGCUGCUGCUCGCAAGGCAUUUGAUGAAGGGCCAUGGCCAAAGAUGACUGCUUAUGAAAGGCAAAAAAUAGUUUUGCGCUAUGCGGAUUUGCUUGAGCAGCACAAUGAUGAACUUGCAGUGCUUGAGACUUGGGACAAUGGGAAGCCAUAUCAACAGGCUGUUACAGAAGUUCAAAUUUAUAUACGCCUGAUGAGAUACUAUGCUGGGUGGGCGGAUAAGAUCCAUGGUCUCACAGUUCCAGCUGACGGACCAUACCAUAUGCAAACCUUGCAUGAACCUAUUGGCGUUGCGGGUGGGAUUAUUCCAUGGAAUUUUCCUCUCCCCAUGUUUGCUUGGAAGGUCGGGCCUGCAUUAGCAUGUGGCAACACCCUUGUAAUGAAACCAGCAGAGCAGACACCAUUGACUGCUUUAUUUGCAGCAAAGCUAUUUCAUGAGGCUGGACUUCCUCCAGGUGUUCUAAAUGUGAUCCCUGGUUAUGGUCCAACUGCUGGUGCAGCUCUUGCCAGUCAUAUGGAUGUGGAUAAGCUUGCUUUCACUGGAUCAACAGAGACAGGAAAAAUUGUUCAUGAAUUGGCAACCAAAAGCAAUCUGAAGUCAGUAUCUUUGGAACUCGGAGGGAAAUCAGCCUUUAUUGUAUGUGAGGAUGCUGACAUAGAUAAGGCAGUGGAGCUUGCCCACUUUGCUUUGUUCUUUAAUCAGGGACAAUGCUGCUGUGCUGGAUCUCGUACAUUUGUACAUGAAAGUAUAUAUGAUGAGUUCGUAGAGAAAGCAAAGCAGCGCGCUUUGAAGCGUUCUAUUGGUGAUCCAUUCAAGGAGGGCAUUGAACAAGGUCCUCAGAUUGACACGGAGCAAUUUAACAAAAUCCUGAAAUACAUAAAAUCUGGUGUUGAAUGUGGAGCUACCCUGGAAAGUGGGGGAGAAAGACAUGGCGACAAGGGCUAUUACAUUAAGCCCACAGUGUUCUCAAAUGUUAAGGAUGACAUGUUGAUAGCAAAGGAUGAGAUAUUUGGUCCCGUGCAGACCAUCUUGAAAUUCAAGGACCUUGACGAGGUGAUUCGAAGGGCGAAUGACUCGCAAUAUGGGCUUGCUGCUGGGAUCUUUUCGCAGAACGUAGACACUAUUAACACAUUAACACGUGCAUUACGAGUUGGGACAGUAUGGGUGAACUGCUAUAAUGUAUAUGAUGCUGCACUUCCUUUUGGUGGGUACAAGAUGAGUGGGCAUGGCAGAGAGAAAGGAAUGAAUAGUCUGGAACAUUACUUGCAAGUCAAGUCUGUUUGCAUUCCUUUGGUGAAUCCAGCAUGGCUCUAAAUUCAAUUUUCCUUUUUCAGUCUUCGGCGUUUGCAAAUUGUAAUAAAGAGAAGACCGGAUUAAAAUAAAGAAAGGACCGGAUCAAAAUUGGAUUAUCAAAUCUUUGUUUGUUA